GCUCGGCUGCCUCAUUAGUUGGCAUCGCCACGUCGAGGAGUUAGCAUCUAGAUUGGCAGCAUGAUCGCAUUGGCACAACUAUUGGCGGUAGCCCUUCUUCUCACUUCCUUGCCAGCGGGCUUGCGAGGUGCGACGACACGUACACGCUACGAUACGAAGGCCAUUCGUUCGAGAUUCAGUGAGGAUCCCGGCAGGAUUAUCAAUGGUACGGAGGCCUCGCUGGGCGCCACACGGCACCAGGUGGGCAUUCGCAAGGCGCUCAACGAUGGCUACUUCUUUGGAACGGGCCACCUCUGCGGAGGAUCGCUCAUCCGGCCGGGAUGGGUACUCACCGCCGCCCAUUGCUUUGUGGAUCAGAUUAUUUACGACGGCACCUUCGUGCCCAAGGAGGAGUUCAUCGUGGUGAUGGGCAACCUGGAUCGCUACAAUCGCACCAACACGCUGACAUUCACCAUCGAUGAGCGCAUCAUGCAGCUGGACAUCUUCGAUCUGACCACCUACGACAAGGACAUCGCUCUGCUGAAGCUUAAUGAUACGGUGCCCACUGGUCAUCCGACCAUUCGUCCAAUUGCCCUCGCUCGGUUUGCCAUAGCGGAGGGCGUCGUCUGCCAGGUGACGGGAUGGGGCAAUCGGGAGGAUGGCUAUGUCUCCGAUAUCCUAAUGACCGUCGAUGUGCCGAUGAUCAGCGAGGAGCAGUGCAUCAAUGACAGUGACCUGGGUCAUCUGAUUAAGCCGGGCAUGAUAUGCGCCGGCUAUCUGGAGGUGGGCGAGAAGGAUGCCUGCGCGGGCGAUUCCGGCGGCCCAUUGGUCUGCCAAAGUGAAUUGGCCGGCGUGGUUUCCUGGGGCAUCAAGUGCGCCCUGCCCAAGCUACCGGGUGUGUACACAGAGGUGUCCUACUACUACGACUGGAUACUCAAGAAUAUGGGCGAGGAUGCCAAUGGCGAAGGCAGUGGUGAAGGAAGUGGUGACAAUGGAAGUGGCGAGGGAAGUGGCGAAGGAAGUGGUGACAAUGGAAGUGGCGAAGGCAGUGGUGAAGAUGGAAGUGGUGGUGGUGAUGGUGGUGAUGGUGGUGGUGCCAUGGCCGCCAUGGCCGGAACUCUGACCCUUCUUCUGCCCGGAAUCCUCGCUCUGCGGCUAAUGGCUACGCAAUUUUAAAAACAUUUGAAUAAAACUAUUUAAUCUAAGUAUUAAA